GACCAACCACUUGCGCAUUGUGUUGUUUUUGUUUUGUUGUGCUAUGCCAAGUAAAUAAUUCAAUUGCCAAUGAACAAUCGUGUUCGCAUCGUAAUAGUUGGCGAUUCAGGCGUCGGCAAGACCUGCCUGACACAUCUGAUUGCCCACAAUGAGUCGCUAACGCGACCCGGCUGGACAGUUGGCUGCAAUAUCCAGGUGAAAAUCCACGAAUUUAAGGAAGGCACUGCACGCCAGAGUCCCUACUUUGUGGAACUAUUCGAUAUUGGCGGCUCGCUGAGUCACAAAAACACACGCAGCAUUUUCUACACAGGCGUACACGGCAUUAUUCUCGUGCACGAUCUCACCAAUGUGAAGUCGCAGGAGCAGCUCCUCGAAUGGCUGUUCGAGAUUGUGAACAAGGAGGGCAAGGACACGUACAAGUGUCGUGCGACAUCGCGACCAACAACACCAUUGCCUAACUAUGGGCAGGCAGAUGCGCACUUGCGCUUCGACUUGGAGGAGUUUUUGGGCGCCACACAGACGCCUAUUCUGGUGAUUGGCACCAAACUGGAUUUGGUUGAUGAGCGACGACAGCCCAAGACGGCAGUGAAGAAGGCGGGCGGCAUUGCUGACAAAUGUGGGGCCGAGGAGAUAUGGCUGAAUUGCCGAGACACUCGCAGCCUGGCCGCUGGUACCACAGAUGCUGUAAAAUUGUCGCGCUUCUUCGACUGUGUUAUUGAGAAAAGAGAGAGCAUUGGCUCUACCGCCUCCCAUGUGUACGGAGGCAUGACACAACAAGCAGACAGGCGGCGGGGCCCAUCUACCUCAGCAUCAUUGCCAAAUAGUCCAGAGUUUUCGUUAUAUGCGCCUACAAGUAAAAUCGGUUUAGAGAGCAAUGGCCCGCUAUUAGAGACAGGAGAUCUCAAAUGACAUUCAAUAUCUAACAAUGUAUAUAGCUUAAGUAAAUGUACCGUACAUAUUUUUGUUAACGUCUUAUAAUACACAUAUAUUUAUUGGUGUAAAGUUGAAUUUUUGUUGUUAGCAAAUAAACUAGUAGCAGUAUUAUUGUCGCAA